AUGAACAAAGAAACAACGACGAUGAUUGGCAACUUUAAACUCCCACCAAGAUGGCAUUAUGAAGGCAGAGAUGGAGCAUGUUGUGACAACAGCUGUGAUAAACAAGAGAUUGACAAUGAAAUGAAAGGUCCCAAUGAUAUCAGCAACUGGGUCCUCAAAGGCAAGAUCAUGACUGGCGAGUACCCAGCCAAAGACAAUCAAGAUGAUCACCAAAAACUUCUCAGCUCUUUACUCGAUGCUAACAUCACUCUGUUUGUAUGUUUACAGCUUGAAACUGAGCUGGAAAACUUCAAGCCUUACAAGCAGGACCUGAUUGAUAUGGCCAAUGAGAGGAAUCUUAAGAUUGAGUUCUUGCACUUCCCCAUCGAGGACGGCGGUGUCGCCGCAAGCAUCGAGGAGCUGGCCGACUUUAUCGAUCUGUUGCUGAACAAGCUGAAAGACCACAACGUCUAUCUGCACUGCUGGGCCGGACGAGGCCGCACUGGAAUCAUUGCUGCCUGUCUCCUCGGCAGACUGUACCAGAUCUCUGGCUUGGAGGCAUGUCGGAGGAUUCAAGAGUGCUACGAGCAGAGAGUUAUCGGCUUUGGCGAGUCUCCAGAGUACCAUCCACAGAAGAUGCAAGUGAUCAACUAUCUAAAGUAUAUAAAGCAGAGAGAUGAGCAGCAGCAGAAACAGCAGCUGAGGCAUUGGCGCCAAUCAAUCCAUUGA